AUCUUGGCUUAUCAGCCGGAUCCAGAACUCAUGCAAUAUUAUCGUAACACCCUCGUCAACUUUGGACUCAUGAAAUUCUUGAAGGACUUUGUUCCCGAGAGAAUCACCAAAAUAGACCUCUGUAGAUUAGUACUCAACUUGGGCUACCCCAAGGAAUCCAUUAGUAACCAACGAUUCUUAACUACCAAGCAAGUUGCCGGGAUUCUCGUACUGCUCAUACUUAACGAUCCGCAGGUAAACCAGAGCCAGAGCUACUCCGACUUCGCUGCGUACCACCAUCCCACUUCAGACUACACAAUUCCUAAGUUACUCCUGGACUUGACGCUGGCCAAAAAGAUCAUGGUGAUAUCCGGAGCAGGAAUUCUGACGUCGUUGGGUAUACCAGAUUUCAGAUCGUUCAAAGGGUUGUAUGCGCAAUUGGAACAUCUCAAUUUGAAGGAUCCUCAAAAAGUAUUUGACAUGGGUGCGUUCCAGAAGGACCCCAGCAUCUUUUAUUCAAUCGCCCAUUUGGUACUUCCACCAGAGGGAAGAUUCUCUAUGCUCCAUUCCUUUAUAAAAUUGCUCCAGGACAAGGGCAAGUUGCUCCGGAACUAUACACAGAACAUUGAUAACCUUGAGUCCAGAGUCGGGAUCCACCCCGAUAAACUUAUUCAAUGCCACGGCUCGUUUGGUUCAGCCAGCUGCUUAACUUGUAGCAACAGAUUCGCUGGCCACAAGAUCUUUGAGCAUAUCAGGCAUCAGCAUGUUCCACGGUGUUCCACCUGUUGGAAAACGAUCCAAGAGGCAGUAAUUAUCCAUGGGGUUAUUAAGCCCGACAUCACGUUUUUUGGUGAGGACUUGCCAAAGAAGUUCUACCGUUUGCUUGAGCCGGACUGCCAAACCUGUGACUUGGUCAUCGUGGUGGGGACCUCCUUGAAAGUAGAGCCAGUGUCCAGCAUAAUCGACAAGAUUCCCAGAAGCGUCCCCAGAGUGCUCAUCAACAAAGACCCCAUUCCAGAUAGGGACUUUGACCUCAGCUUGAUAGGUUUGUGUGAUGACGUCGUAUGUCAUCUUACUAGAGAGUUGGGAGCUAGCUGGGACAUUCCUCACCCCAACUUUGUCCCUUCCACUGAGUUUACUGUCACACCUCAUGAGCUCUACAGCAAGAGCUACAACAUUGUCAAGAAGGAAACAUAG